AUGGAGUCAACACCAAAGAGCAACAGACCUACAGGUAGAACACCAGGCCCGGCGCGAACCCCCAUCGGCCGUACUCCCGUCGGGAGAGCAUCCACAGCCGAGCCCCCGUCAUCGCGUCCCUCUGUACACACGCCCCUCGACCGCACCACAUCACGCGACCUUCUCAACUCUGUGCGCCGCGCCGCCUCCGUCUCAGCAUCAGGCGGACCACAAGGGGGGCAGAGCAAUGCACCGACGCCGCACGCCAAGCUGGCCCAGCGGGCACUCCAUGACCGCCGCACCGCCGUAUUCACACCGGGGAAGAACCGUCGGAGGAGCCUGAUGGACCAGCGCGAAACACCCAUGGAUAUCCUGCGCAACCUGGGCAGGAAGCUGGCCCCCACAAGCAAGCGCGUGAGUACGUCGUCGUCUAUAUCGUCGGCAUCAUCGUCGGCGGGGGCACCCGACACAGCUACACCGCCUUCCCGUAGCGGUCACCGGCGUCAGCGUCGUCGCACAGCUAGGUCCUCGGACUUCACACAGCCUAUACCCGAGGAGCGGGCCGGUCACGACGACGAUGAUGACGAUGACGAAGAAGAUCUGCGUCCGCCGCGUCUGUCGCUGCCUAUCGACCGGGACGACGACGACGAUGAGGAGGAGCUGCGCCCGCCGCGGCCUUCCAUGCUGGAGGACUUCGACUACACGGUUGCCUCGGUCGAGCUGCCUCGCCGGAUGGACUUUGGCCAGCAGGCUGCGGGGCGUCUGUCGCGCGGCAGCCUCGGGAGCCUACGGCCCAGCGAUGUGUUUGAGGGGAACCAGAUGAUGAGUCCUGAUGUCACCGGGCGCCAGUCUGACUUCUUCCCGGAGCAGGUCGCCGAGGACGUGGACGAAUACCAGCGCAUCGAUGCUGAUCCCACGAGACGGUCUAGCCUCGGUCGCGUGAGCGACUUUGGCUUGGAGAUGCCCGAAGGCCUAGACGGCCAGACGACGUUUGUUAUGUCCGAGCCCGGAGACGACGCACCCCCCACCUCACCGAUCGCUCAGGACCCCACGGGGCUCCUUAUCGAGGAGCAGGAAGCGACUGGGGCCGUUGCUGCCAACGCCGCCGACGCCGCUCCUCCUCCUCCUACACCCGCUCCCGCUCCCGCUCCCUUUAGCGAAGGGCGUUCGCCGCCGACGCCGCUUCCCUUGGAUGACUUCUCGGAUCGGGAACCGCUCGAGGAUAUUCCCGAUGGGAGCGAUGACGGCGAUGACGGCGACCGGGAGCCGCUAGAGGAUAUCCCCGACCACAGCGACGAUGGCGAUCGGGAACCCGUUGAGGACAUUCCUGAGCGGAGCGACGGCGGCGGCGAUGUGCCAAUGGACGACGGCGGUUUCGACGACGACGCCGCCGGUGGUUACGAAGAGUACGCUGAAAAUGUGGCGUAUGCUGCUGCUCCUGAGAUGUCACCCGUGGCUGCCACGGCGCCUGCUGCCCGUGCACCAGCACCAGCACCAGCCCGACAGUCGGACGUUGGCCACGUUCGGAUAAGAGAGGCUCUGCCGCCCCGCAGGAAGAGAAAGCUCGUUUCCCGCCACGGGAUAGAGUACCCCUCGCUGCCGCCGGCGUUCGUCAAGAGAGUGGCACAGACGGCCCUGCAGUCGUCGGGUCUGAGCAACCCGAGAGUGUCUACCGAUACGCUCACUGCCUUGAUACAGGCAUCGGAGUGGUACUUUGAGCAGCUGGGCGAUGACCUGGGUGCGUAUGCCAAUCACGCGAAGCGCAAGACGAUUGAGGAGAGUGACGUAGUCACACUGAUGCGAAGACAACGCCAGAUCGGCUCCACAUCAACCGUCUUCUCCCUUGCACAGAAACAUAUGCCCCGAGAGCUCCUUCAGGAACUCAGGAUGCCUAUAGCCCAAACGACUAAGAAACGUAGAGGGGAGCACGGGGCAGACGGCGAGGAAGAGGAGGAAGAGGAAGAGGAUGAUACGUGA